CGUCGUGGACGCUGUCGUAUCCCUCGCCGCCUCCAACCCCGCCGCCGUCUCCUCCCUGCUCUUCUGCCCCCCUCUCCGACGCGCUCCUCCACGAGCAGGACCAGCACGCCCAGCCCGCCGCCGCCUAUCCUCGCUGUUCCAUCGUCGUCCUCGCUGUUCCAUAAGAGACAAUUGAGGCAUUGAACUGGUUUUCAGGCAGAGCAGUGAGAUUCAUAUGGCUGGUCUGGAGGAGCUGAAGAAGAAACUGGAACCAUUGUUUGAUGCAGAUGAAGGGAGUUCAGUCGGGCUCUCAUUGGAGCCAUGUGACUCAUAUAUGCCUUUCUCUUUCGCUGUAAAAUUUAUUGUUGAGACAUUUCUGGUUUUGGAGGUAUCAGAUGGUGGAACUGUUAACUUAUUGAGCAAAUCAUGUGGAGUAUACAAUUUUAAUGAGCUUGGUUUGCAAAAGCAUACAGCUGGACUAGUAGACGAGGAAACAGGUGAAACAAUGUACCGUUGUGCUUCUCAUGAAAUGCAUACAUUUGGAGCUAUAAGUCGCGGUGGAAGCAGUGUUGUUCAUAGAGCUAUUCAUAUACCAAAUCAUCGAAUUUUGGCCUUGAAGAAGAUAAACAUAUUUGAAAAGGAGAAGAGGCAACAACUUCUAAACGAAAUACGGACUCUAUGUGAAGCAUGUUGUUAUCUGGGCUUGGUUGAAUUUCAUGGGGCAUUUUAUACCCCUGGUUCAGGACAAAUUAGCAUUGCUUUGGAGUACAUGGAUGGAGGGUCACUUGCAGAUAUUCUACGAGUGCGGAAACCUAUACCAGAGCCAGUUCUUUCACAUAUGAUCAGGAAAUUGUUGAUAGGUUUAAAUUACUUGCAUGGAGUAAAACAUUUAGUUCACAGAGAUAUAAAACCGGCAAAUUUGCUUAUAAAUCUCAAGGGGGAGCCUAAGAUUACUGACUUCGGUAUAAGUGCAGACUUGGAUAAUUCUGUGGCCAUGUGUGCUACCUUUGUUGGCACCGUUACAUACAUGUCUCCUGAGAGAAUUCGAAGCGAGAACUAUUCUUAUCCAGCUGAUAUUUGGAGUCUGGGAUUAGCUAUACUCGAAUGUGGAACUGGAAAAUAUCCAUAUACAGCAAAUGAUGGACCUGCCAAUCUCAUGCUACAGAUAUUAUAUGACCUAACGCCUACACCUCCAAGAGAUGUGUUUUCCCCAGAAUUCUGUUCAUUCAUUGAUGAUUGCAUGCAGAAAGAUGCUGAUUUGAGACCGACAGCAGAACAACUUAUGUCACAUCCAUUUCUUAGGAAGUAUGAAAAUGAAAGUGUGGAUCUGGCGGCAUAUGUUCGAAGUGUUUUUGAUCCUACUCAGAGGCUGAAGGAAAUAGCAGAUAUGCUUACCAUACACUAUUACCUGCUCUUCGAUGGGGUUGACGGACUGUGGCAUCAUAUGAGAACAUUGUACACUGAGAAGUCGACUUUUAGUUUCUCAGGUAAAAUUUUCAGAGGACCAAAUGACAUAUUUGCAACCCUAUCAGAAAUCCGAAAGAAACUCGCAGGUGAGCGGCCGCGAGAAAAACUGGUUCAUGUAGUGGAGAAGCUCCACUGUCGGCCAAAUGGGGAGGAUGCCUUGACAAUCCGAGCAUCCGGAUCGUUUAUUUUGGGUACCCAUUUUAUUAUAUGCGGAAGUGGAGUGCAAGUAGAAGGGAUGCCGAACUUUGAAGAAUUGUCCCAUGACAUUGCCAGUAACCGAAUGGGUAUAUUUCAUGAGGAGUUCCAUAUGGAACCGGGAAGUGCUAUUGGAAGUUACUUCAUAGCUAAACAGGAACUUCACAUACAUGAAAAAUGAGGAUGGUCUCUUACGGCUUAUUAAGAUUACGCAAGCUCGACCAUUUCUGAAGAUUAGCUCGUAGCUUUUUCUGGAAUUGGUGUUUUCAGAUGUCACCAACUUGUUUGCUUGAAGCGUGGAUGGUAUUGAAGGACCUCGUUGACGCGUGCCGAGCAAUCACUGGGUGUGUUGUAAGAAGCCUUCAUAUAUAUAUACAUGAAAUAAGUGUCUAGAUUAGACUCCAUGGACGAUAAAGGGUUGUACUUAAAAGGUUUUAUUGUGUUAACAUCACAUUCAUAUAUCUUACUUGUGUCUCCUGUAGUUGACAGUUUACACUAUUUAUGAACUUCACCAUUUGUACAGACUA